AUGGCUACUAAGUAUGACAAUAGAGAAUUGGUUCUAGUCGUCAAAAGCGACAAGUUUAUGAAUAAGACUAUAGUAUUUCAUACGCAAUCACUUCAGGAGGUUGAGUAUGACGUUUAUUUAGCACAAGUUGGUGAUUGGUAUAGGUAUGAUGGGAACUUUGAGCCGGCGGUUGUUCCUGUUAAGUCUGCUGUGUAUGCUGCAGCUAAUGGGGAUACUAGAAUAGAGGUAAGUUUUUGUUUUUUGUUGUUUUUGAAUUUAGGACUGUUUUUUUUUUGGAAUGAGGAUGUUAUGGAUGAAUUUUUGAAGUAUUUGGGCUAGAAACUAUGAAAGAUUUAGUAAUGUGCUUCAGAAAGCUUUUCUAUAUAUUUCACAAUAUUUUUAAAAUUUAGAUUUGUUAAAAAAAAGUAAAACGAUAUUAUUUUAGGCUAAAAUAUUGGACGAAUACUUAGGUACUAUUAUUGUUGCAGUUUUUGCGAAUUAUUUUCGAUUUAAACUUGAUAAACUGCUUCCAAACCAAUUCAUAACGCUAGAAUAAUUUAUUCUUAAGUUUUUUCAGUUGACUAUGAAGAAAAAACCAUUAACAAGAUGUUGUUUUAGAUAGAAACAUUAGGCAUAUACAUUGGACAACCAGAUGUGAGUAUUGUGAUAGAUGCGGAUGUACGACAUUUUUUGUUUUCUCCAUUAUUUGGACGUAUUGGUAUAGCGUUUGAAUAUCCAUUAACACCUGGAAAGUUAUAUCAAAUUAAGGCUGUUUAGUAAGUUUUUAUAUGUUGUAGUAGAUCAUAAACCCAGAUUUUGUUUGAUCAAUGGAUUUUUAUAUGUUUAUGGGUCUUGAAUUGAUUUUUUUGUUUGUAGAAGGUUUAUAGUGUGGAAGAUUGUUUUAUUUAUCGUUGUUGACGUAUUAAUUUGACCAUAUUUAUUUUCAGCAUACCCAAUCACGACAUUUUCUUUUUCCGGUAUCUGAGAAAAACUGAAGCUUGCUUCUUUUUAACGUUUAAGAAUGGAAUCAGCGAGAUAAAGGUAGGUUAUACUAAGAGAUUGUUUUAACUUGUAGCGCGUUAAUUACAAUAAUGUGGGUAAAGCGCUACUUUAGGACAUAUAAUAUGAGUAAAGCGUUACUUUAGGACAUAUGUGAUCAUUACUUUGCCGACAUGAUGGAUUAUGUUGAAUUGAGAAUAGAAGAAUGCCGAACAAAUCUAGUUGCCGUUGCUACACAUCCGUCAAUGGCUUCGAAAGUUUUAACUUAUGCAAAAACACCUGGUCUCAUUAUGGGUAGCAAGAUCAAAGCUUUGUUAUGGUAGGUUUUGUCAUUUCUUUGUUUUUCUUGUUUUUAGAUAUUGGUAGGGUAUUCAACAUGAUCUUUUGAUUUCAAACUUGUCGAACUUUGCUUAAUUCGCACUGUUCUCACAAAAAAAAAUUUUAACAAAUUUAUUAAAGUUUUUCAGUUGUCUCCGUGUAACCAAAGAUAAACGCCUUUAUGUAGCCGUCGAAGUGACAAAAGCUCCAAGUCGCUUCGAAGUUGUUGUUAAUCCCGAUCCUCAAGUGCCAAAACACAUCGUGCCGAAACAAACGGACUAUGUGGAAGAACUGAUUCAACAGUUUUCUGUUCAGGACGAGAACAAACCACUCCCAGUUCAGUCCAACCCCAAAUAUGAUAGCGAAUUCCCUGAUCUCAUUUCUAAUACUCCUAAACCCACGCCAGCCGCCAAACCCGCUUGGGACAUUGUGACGAAGAAGAAGGGCCUAAAAUUGAGUACGUCGAUGCCUAAGCAACAGGAAAUCAUCAAAAUGCCAGAACCCAUCGUCAGCUGGGAUCAUAUCGGCUUCAAUGACACGUUUUGUGGAUUGGUAGUUUCAGUCGAUACCCAUCAGGACAUGUUCUAUAUUUACUGUCCCGAAAUUCCAAAUGAACUUUCGUUGAUCAAUGUCAAGGGGAAAUUGUCUGUCGCUGAAUGGGUUUACUUUAGAAUCACACAGGACACAAGGUAAGCAUGGGUAAUGUGUUCAAAAUUGUUGUUGUGUGUAAUAUUGUAAAAAUGACGAUAAGAGAUUAUGGCAGAUGUAUUGUUUUUAAAACUUGGGUUGUAGUAGCGCAGAGGGUGCCGCAGUAUUUCUACGUUAUAUGAGAAGGGAAAGGUUGUUCUUUAAAUUUUGGUAUAAAUUUUCACAACUUAUAUAUUUAGCAAUAUUAUAGACAGCUAUGUGUACAGAAGGUAUAUCUGAAUGAUAUAAAUUGACUAUUAUUUAUAGUUAAACUGGAUAAUGUUACGUUUUUAGAAGGAAGGUGUUCAGUGGAGAGUUUAUCAAGAAAUGCCCACCGACUGAAGCUAAAUAUAAGGUGAUCCCAACUGCAAUGAAAAACUCCGUUUCUGUAGGUUUUUUAAAUUUAAAAUUUUUUUUGUAUGAUUGCGCCGAAGACAGUCCAAAACUCAAAUUUUAGCCAGAUGGUCCAAAAUGUCCGAAUUUUAGGUGAAAUGCGAACUCAGCAUUCCAAACGACUUUGACGCCGACAAAAACCGUCUCAUCACAACCAACUUUGUGCCUCGAGUUCUCGGACACGGCAUCAAGAACAGCCAGCGGAAUAAACGCCUCUCCGGCACCAUUGUUCGCACCAAAUCCACCGGCGAAGAGGAGAAAUAUAAGAACGUGUACUGGGUCAUAAACAGGAAUAGUUGA